CUUCAGAGGUGUACAGAAACCAGUGAAGUGGGCAGAAUGCUUAUAAAUUAAGCAUUGAAAUUAAAUGGCAGCUAUAUCCAGUAACCAAGAAAGCAGACUCAUUAAGAAGCAACCGUGCUGCUAGCUACUUGCUGCUACAAUGGCCUGCAAAUUUAGAUUGCUCUUGGAAAACGCUGAGCAGAUUGUAGUCGUCUGCAGUAAAGAGGAAGAAUAUCUGCUUGAAGAUGGAAUGCAACAUUUGGCAAUACUGGAAAAAGCCAGCCUGGUGAUUGGAAAUGAUGGAUUCAUAAAAGAUGUGGGACCUGCUGAGACCAUCCGCAACCAGUUUUCUAAUGCUUCAUUUGAGAAUAUAAUUGACUGCUCAGGGAAAUGUGUUCUUCCAGGCUUUGUAGAUGCACACACUCACCCUGUGUGGGCUGGGGACAGGGUGCACGAGUUUGCAAUGAAGCUUGCAGGUGCCACAUAUAUGGACAUCCACAAGGCUGGUGGUGGAAUUAAUUAUACUGUUGAACACACCACUACUGCUUCAGAGGAAGAGCUGUUUUGCAGCUUUAAACAUCGCCUAGAGAGAAUGCUCAGAGCAGGAACAACAUUGGUUGAAUGCAAGAGUGGAUAUGGGCUGAAGCUUGAAACAGAACUGAAGAUGUUAAGAGUGAUUGAAAGAGCCCAUCAGGAGUUGGACAUUGCUGUUUCAUCUACUUACUGUGGAGCUCAUUCUGUGCCCAAGGGAAAAAGUGCUCAAGAGGCAACUGAUGACAUUAUUGCUAACCAUCUACCAGCGCUAAAACAGAUGGCCCUGAAUGGGGAAAUCCAUGUAGAUAACAUUGAUGUCUUCUGUGAAAAAGGAGUCUUUGAUUUAGAUUCCACCAGAAAAAUUCUUCAAGCUGGAAAGGCAAUUGGUUUGAAUCUAAAUUUUCAUGGGGAUGAACUUAACCCAAUGAAUUCAGCAGAGCUGGGUGCAGAAUUAGGAGCACAUGCUGUAAGCCAUCUGGAGGAAGUAAGUGAUAAAGGGAUUGCUGCAUUGGCCAAAGCUAAAUGUUCUGCUGUAUUACUCCCUACAACUGCCUAUAUCCUCAGGCUCAAACAGCCAAGAGCAAGGGAUAUGCUUAAAGCUGGAGUCAUUGUUUCUCUUGGCAGUGAUUUUAACCCCAAUGCAUAUUGCUUUUCUAUGCCUAUGGUGAUGCACUUGGCUUGCGUCAACAUGAAGAUGUCACUAAAGGAAGCUCUGGCUGCUGCUACCAUCAACGCGGCGUAUGCUUUGGGACGUGCCCAUACUCACGGCUCACUGGAGGUUGGAAAACAGGGAGAUGUUGUUGUAAUUAAUGCCUCACGGUGGGAACAUGUGAUUUAUCAGUUCGGUGGGCAUCAGGAAUUGAUUGAAUAUGUUGUUAUCAAAGGGAAAAUAGUAUACAAGAAUGAAAAUGUUCUCUGUCUGUAGAAAGGACAUACUAAAAUAAUCUUUUAUUAGAUCAAUGUCCUUAUUUUUCACAUCAAUGUGUAAAGUAUUUUUUCUAAUUUCAUAUAAACCCACUACAGUGAAUUCCAGAUUAUUCCAUGAUGAUAAUGAGUAAUGACUUACAAAUGUAAAAUCAGUUUUCAAUAUUUAAAUCAAUAGAAAAAUACAUUUAUGUCAUUUAUUUAGGGAAUAGCUCAAAAUAAAUUUUUUUGCAUUUUAAAAUC